UAGAAGAACAAGACGAGUAUGGGAGGCAUGGGUGCUGCCGGAGCCGUGGGUGUUCCCAUGCGUCAUGUGGAGGAUGCUCAUUAUGCUCGGAAUUGGAUUGGGUUCUUUAUCAUGGGCACCAUCAACAACUUUGCUUACGUGGCAGUCAACUCCAAGUCGAAGGACCUUGCCAAGCAGUUUCACAAAGAGUCUGCUAUCGGAGCCAUCCUAUGGGCCAAUGUGGCGACGGGUGCGCUCAUUCAGAUGAUCAAUGCGGCGUUUCUGGAACGGACGUCGACAUCAAAGCGGAUGACGGUGGUGGCGGCUCUGUUCCUGGCCGGCCUGACCGCCAUCGCCUUCUCCCCCGACGUUGACUUUUACUUUAUGCUCUUUGCCGUCGUCCUUGUCGGGACCGGCACCUCAUUUGGCCAGUGCGUCAUGGUCGGUGAGCUCAAGCGGUACUCGCCGACCAUGGUUGGCGGCUGGUCGUCUGGCACCGGCCUGGCCGGCAUUGCCGGCUCGUUCACCAUGAUUCUGUUCUCAUAUCUGGAGCUCUCGGUGGCACUCACCUUUUUCCUCCUCCUCCCGCUUGUCGCCAUCUACGUCUUCACCUUUUUCAUCGUCCUCAAGCCGCCUACCGCUGAUGAUGACUCGGACGGUGUGGCCAAGAAGGCGCUGGGCGCGGUGAGCGUCGCCGCCUCGCUCAACACCGAUGCCAAGCUCGAGGCCGGGUCCGCCGUCUCGGAGCGGACCGCGCUCAUCUCGCCGAUUGACGCCAGCGUGGUCCAGCCGGGCGUCGAGGUCGGGCCUCCGAACGAGACCGGCGCCCAGCGGGUCUUGCGCUGCCUCCGCCUCGUCACCUGGCUCGGCCUCAACAUGGGCGCCGUCUACUUUUUCGAGUACUGGAUCUCGGUCGGAUGCGCCGCCGACGCCGAGCCGCACCACAUCUCGCCGCGGGCCUCGUUCUGGGAGCGCAAGUCGUUUGUCAUCCUCGCCGCCUGCUACCAGCUCGGUGUCUUUGUCUCGCGCUCCUCGCUGCGCUUCUUCAAGAUUUCGCGCAUCGAGAUCCUCACCGUCCUCCAGGGCCUCAACCUUGGCUUCUGGCUCGCCGACGACAUCUACAAGUGGAUGCCGUACUACAUCCAGUUUGUGGCCAUGUUCUACGUCGGCCUCCUCGGCGGCACCUCGUUUGUCAACACCCUUUUCAAGGCCUCCAACGAUCCGCGCACCCCCGAAUCCGACCGCAAGCUCACCCUCUACAUCAUCCUCAUCUUUGUCAACGUUGGCAUCGGCCUUGCUGCCGCCGCCGUCCUCAUUGCCGACGCCACCUUUCUCGCCGAUCAGGUUCCCAAGAACAACUAGCCCUCUGCCUCGCCUAAACCGAGCCUCUCUCUC